AUGGCGAUAUCAAUUCCCUCCACGCUGCUCUCUGCUCCUCUGCUCCUUCUCCUUCUCCUCUGCCAUGCUGCGUUACUACUCGGCAAGUCUCAUAAUUGCCCUCCUUCUUCCUGCGGCGACAUUCACAUACGAUCUCCGUUCCGGCUAAUCGGCGACCCUGACGGAUGCGGCGACAGACGCUUCGAACUCGUCUGCGAGGGAAACCGCGCAGUCUAUAGUGACUCCCAUUCUGAGAAAUACUUGGUCACGAAAAUCUCGUAUAAAAGCAGGAAGCUCCGGCUCAUGUACACUGGUUUCUCGUCCGACGCCAAUUGCCUUCAUCUUCCCGACCAUUCUUUCAAGAGCAAUACAUUUCAUAUUAUGGGCCAUCGGUGUCACCAACAACACAGGAUUUUAUGGGCCAGUUUCAUGAACUGCACGCGGGAGGUAGAAAGUCAGGAGUAUGUGGCGGUCCCUAAUUGCCUUCGCGGCAGCAGCUCGACUACGUACGUCGUCGUCGUUAACGACAACUCGUAUAAUAAUCCCAAGAACUCAUGUAGCAUCUUAACCACCGUGCCAGUCGAGAAGUCGCUGAGUCCAGGUGAUCACGACGUCUUUAAACUCCUACGGAAGGGAUUCGUGGUACACUGGACUCCAAGACACCCGGUGAAAUUCUGUUGGGAAGAUAACAAGAACAUUCUGGCAACUCUUGGAGGUCCUAGUCUCGUUUACAAGAUUGUCAAUGCCAUCUCUUUCGGCCUUCAAUUCCUGUCCUGCGUAUGCAAUAAUAAGGCCUUAACGGUCGUUCUUGAUGUACUACUCGCCCCUGUUUUGCGUGGCCAGAUUAAUAUUGGCACCUCUAUGUGUCUUUGGAUUCCUCCUACUCAAUUGCUGGAGGAGAAGCAGGGCACCCGAGGACGCCGUCGAGAAGUUCCUUCGCAACCAACAGCAAUCUCUUUCGCCCACGCGCUACGCCUACAGUGA